CAAACUCUUCUCACUGCCUUCAUCUAUCUACCAAGAACAGAGCAAAGGUUUACAGAAGCAGAGCAAACAGGGGCGACCUGAACUAACCCAAAGAAGAACACAAAGCACAGGAGCAAUGACAAUUAGGAACUCGACCAGGGCGGUCUUCGCAGCCCUAGUGGCGGCUUUGGCAGUUAGCUCGGUCUCAGCGGUGACUCAUCAAGUCGGUGAUGGUUUGGGGUGGAACGUCCCUCCCGGUGGAGCUGUGGCUUACAGUACAUGGGCAUCAAACAAUACCUUCAAAGCCGGUGACACUCUUGUCUUUACAUUCACAAGCGGAGCACACGACGUCGCAGAAGUGACCAAGGAAGCCUUCGAUGCAUGCAAUGCAACAAGUCCAAUUUCCUUGACGACUGACUCACCGGCAAGUCUCACCCUUACUUCUGGGGAGCACUACUACAUCUGUACCUUCGGUGGUCACUGUGGUUCCGGACAGAAGUUGGCCGUCAAUGUUACCGGAACUACCUCUUCCCCUUCUCCGGCUCCUAGCAUGAGUACUCCCCCUCCUGCAGCAUCACCUGCUCCGGUUCUUGCUCCAGAGCCAAGCAGCAGUGCUAGCCCCCCUGCACCUGCAACUUCUGCCCCAGCACCAAGCCCCUCAGUUGGACCUACCACUUUCAUUGUCGGAGAUGUCCCCGGAUGGAAUGUGCUCGGCAACGGUACUUACACCAUUUGGGCCUCUAACAAGACCUUCCUCGUCGGUGACGUUCUAGUGUUCAACUUCUUGAAUAAUUCACACGACGUGGCCGAGGUGACCAAGACAAACUACGAGUCAUGCGGCACCUCUAACCCACUCUCCCUCUACAAAAACCCACCCGUUAGAAUCACACUUAACACAACCGGCGAGCACUUCUUCAUCUGCACUUACGCCGACCACUGCAACAACGGCCAGAAGCUUGCCAUCAACGUCAGCAGCAGCACUGCCACACCGACAUCCUCUCCCGCUCCUUCUCCAGGCGGUUCAGCCCCUACUCCAAGCACUACUGCCACCCCACCAAGCGGCACCACCACUCCUUCCACCUCUGGACCCGCCAGUGACGUCACCCCACCUCCCUCAGCUAAUGGCGCGACAACCCUCGGCGUUGCUGGCCUAUCAUCCGCCACCUUCUUGUCCAUUGCCGUAGCUUUGUUCUUGUUUUAAGUAAAUUAAAUCUGUGACGUACCGUAUACAGUUAAUUUUAUUUGGUGUAAUUCAUUUUAGACGAUCACAGAUUCACAGCUAGUGUGAUUUUUAUUAUUGUUAUACAGAUUGAUUAUCUUCUUUUUCGAUGAAUAAUCAAUAAAGCUGGUUUUGA